AUGUCAUUCUCCGGCCAAUACCUCAGCGCACCGAAGCGCCACGACAAACAACACCAACCACAACAACACGUGAACUACGACGACAACGAUGACCUCGAGCUCUCCUUCGCUUCGAACGUUUCACUGAACUCUCCGCCUCGGGCCAGCAUUGCCCUUACCCCAGAAAGCGAGUCCUCAAAUGCGAUGGACAUUUCUCCCCUUCCCCCUGCACCCAAACAGUUCUCACGUCCUCGCGCAUUUACGAGCGGUGCGAGAAUGUUUGGGCACGACCGGAGCAACGAAUCGAUACGAUCUACUGGCCCACAACCAUCCCUGAAAUCAGGUUCGAUUAGCGGCAAACGAAUUCAACGAAGUGCGCUGCCAUUUGAGUGGAUGGCACCAGCCCAACCGGCUGAACUUAUGUUUAAACAAGACCCGAGCUCAGAUGAUGCUAUGGAGGUCGACACUUCGUUCGAAGUACCCACAGUGCCCCAGUCUGCCGCGCCAACCGUAACUGGUUUCGACAAUCUCUUCUAUGACUCUAUGUCUCCAGUCGCUCCUCAUGCCAAAAAACAGCGUCGCUCACUGUCACCAGAACGCGUCAAUGCUCUCGAGCCAUCAUCUUCGCCCGCUCAACCCUCCUCUCCCUCAGAUCGCAAAUUAGAACGGCUGUCAGCCGGUCCCUUAUUUCCUGUUUUUGACAAGCCGAGAGUAGAGGGUCUUGGUGUGCCCCCUUCGAAAAGAUCUCGCCGCCCAGCUUUGUCAGCUAUGGCACAAACUGCGUACCCAACCUUGGAUAAAGAACCCACUCUUCCUUCCCCCGCUGAACGCCAACUCCCUCCAACUCGCCGGGCUUUUUCUGCUCUGAUUCCUGGUUCUGUACUAGAAGGAAAGAGUUCAGAAGUGCAGUCCUCCGAUGAGUCUUCUUUCGAAGGUUUAUCCUCGCCAGCUCAAGCUUACGCGCACCGACAACAAAUGAAGACUAUCCGUCGCUGCGAUGGCACUGACGACUUCCGACCACUCACUGGUGUCACCGCUCUGGUUCAGAACGAAAGUCCUUCGGCCAAAUUCCUUACGGCCGGUAUGCCUGGGUUUGGUGACAAUGAGGCUGCAGGCAAGAUUUUGCCCUGCCAUCGCGUCACGGACGAUGGACUAAUGAGAAUCAACGCCCAAACGCUCAAUAACCUUCUCGACGGUCAUUACAGCGACCAGGCGGACUAUUACGUCAUCGACUGUCGGUUCGACUAUGAGUUCAACGGCGGCCAUGUCAACGGUGCUGUGAAUUUGAAUCAGAUUAGCGCUGUUGAAGACUUCUUCCUCCGCCCAGCGCUGAAGAAGCCGAAACCAUCCGUGAGCGGUGACCCGGCACGAAAGACGGUUCUCGUUUUCCAUUGCGAGUUCAGUGUCAAGCGCGCUCCAACUUUCGCGAAGCAUCUGCGAGCUAAAGAUCGCGCCCAGAAUAACCAUGUUUAUCCCAAGAUUCAUUACCCUGAGCUCUACAUCCUGGAAGGUGGCUACUCGCAGUAUUUCCAGAACUCCGCCUCGCGGUGUCUUCCACAAGGCUAUGUGACCAUGGAUGAUCCUGUUCACACUGCUUCCCGGGACGGUGGGCUUGACCAACUCCGCAAGACCAAGUUUGGAAGACACAAAUCGUAUGCGUAUGGUGACGGCGCCAGCAAAAUAUCCAAUCUGCCUCAACAACCGAAAAGGAACACAGUUCCUGCUGGUCCGGGGUCGAUUUUUGCCGCUGCUUCUGCUGCUCGGACUCGUCGUGGCGGCUCGUUGACUACUCUCAGCGAGGAUUCUCAUACGACAAACGAUGCAGACGACACUGAUGUAGACUUGGGUGACAGUCCUUGUCCCGCACCUCCCAAGGCAGUCAAGAAAGUAACACGCACUCUUGUUCGCGCCGAGACUUACGGACCCACACGAAUGCCCUAUUGA